AUUUUUAGCUACAAGUUUGCAAAUUGGAUCGCAAACGUUUCUAAUUUGCGUGUAAAAAAAUCCCCCGCAGUUAAUUUUAAACAAUGAAUCUAACCGAUAAACCUGAAACUAACUGACAUGGCUUUCCUCGAUAAAUUGAAAAAUUUUAAGAUUUUCGGAUACGAUGAUAGGCGCAAGACAACAAGAUUUUUGAAACACGUCACCUACAGCAGAAAUCCGAACGACUGCUGGCAGAUCGUCAAAGAGAUAGGUGAUGGGGCCUUUGGAAAAGUUUUUCUGACAAAAAAUGUCAGAACUCAAGAAGAGUCAGCUCUGAAGCAAGUGGCAAUAAUGGAUGACAACUCGAUUGAUGAUCAUUCUGUCGAAAUAAAUAUUUUAUCUGAGAUAAAACACCCCAGCAUUGUUCAUCUUAAAGAAACUUAUUUCUUUGAUGAUAAACUCUGGAUGUAUCUAGAAUACUGUAGUGCUGGUGCUCUGGACGCCAUAAUGUUGAACUUGGAGAAACCAUUAACAGAGCCACAGAUAAGCUGUGUAUGUGCUGAUGUAUGCAAAGGCUUGGAGUGCUUACAUGAUAACUUCGUCAUUCACAGAGAUCUGAAGGCAAGCAACCUUCUGCUGACAGCCGAUGGAAGAAUUAAAAUUGCCGAUUUUGGUGUGUCAGCCAAGAAUGAGAGUGCCAAAAAAAUGAGAGACUCAUUUAUAGGAACACCUUAUUGGCUAAUGCUGAUGGCUCCAGAAGUUAUGAGAUGUGAGACAUUAAAAGAUGUGCCGUACGGUUAUAAAGCUGAUGUCUGGUCAUUAGGUAUUACUUUGAUAGAAUGCGCGGAAAUGCACCCACCGUACCACGAUAUGCACCCGAUGCGAGUACUCAUCAAAAUAGCCAAGUCCGACCCACCGACUCUUAAGAAACCGUCUGAAUGGUCUAGAUUCAAUGACUUUCUAGCCAAAUGUCUUGUAAAGGAUCCAGAUUACAGGUCGUCAUCAUUUCAACUGGUGCAACAUCCUUUCAUCUCGACCACGAACGACUGGAGUCCAAUGAGGCAGCUGUUGGCGGAAAUUAAUGCAGAAGUUACGGAGGAAGUUAGAGAAGAGCCAGAUGAAACGAGUCUUGACGUAUGUUUGUGCGUGUGUGUGUGUGUGCGUGCGUGA